UCAUGCUUGGCUAUCUUGGUAUGGGAUUUAGAGUUUUGUGUGGCUCUGCUUGCUUGCAUUUCAAGAUCUAGCUACUGUUGGUGUUGAUUGAAGGGAUGUUGUGUUUUUUGCAUUAUCCUUUUCUUUUACAGAUUUGGUAUAAGUUUGCAGUAUGAUUGAAUUUUUGGUUAAACCCCUAUUUUGGUCCUUGAACUAUUGUACGGACCCCCGAUUUGGUCCCUGAACUAAAGAAAUCCCUAAUUUGGUCCUUGAACUAUUGUACGGACCCCUGAGUUGAUCCCUAAACUAUUGUACGGACUCUCAAGUUAGUCCCUAAACUAUUGUACGGAUGCCCAAUUUGGUCCC